UGCUCCGGGCCCUGGCAGCCAUGGCCUGUGUUCUCCUCUUCAGACUUUUCUUACUUUUGGUCCUGGUAGCCUUUUCACAAGGCAAGCGCCUGGGCCCUACAUCUCCCCUCCGUUAUUCCAGGUUUCUGGAUCCUUCCCAUUCUGUUUUUCUGCGCUGGGACUUUGACUAUGAGACUGAGAUCAUCACAUUUGAGCUCCAAGUUCAAACAACUGGCUGGGUUGGCCUGGGCAUCACAAAUCGCUACACCUUUGUAGGAAGUGAUCUGGUAGUUGGAGGAGUCCUUCCUGAUGGCAAUGUCUACUUCUCGGAUCAGCACCUUCUGGACGAAGAUACUCUAGAACAGGAUGGGAGCCAGGAUGCUGAACUACUAAAGCUCACAGAAGAUUCUGUCUCUACUACCAUGCGCUUUUCCAGACCCUUCAGAUCCUGUGACCCACAUGACCAUGACAUUACGAGUGACACCAUGAGGGUCCUGGCUGCCUAUGGCCUAGAUGACGUACCAAAGAUGAAUCGGGAGCGUACUUUUGUCAAAUCAAUCUUCUUGCUACAAAUGCUACAAUACGACGAUGAAGAUGCCCCUGAGGACACCAUUAUCUAUGAUUUGAAGAUCAGUAAUUUCCUCAUUCCAGAGGAUGACACCACGUAUGCCUGCACCUUCCUCCCGCUCCCUAUUGUCAGCAAGAAGCAUCACAUCUACAAGUUUGAACCCAUGCUGGUGGAACGCAACGAGACAAUGGUGCAUCACAUCCUCGUGUAUGCAUGUGGCAAUGCUAGCGUGCUCCCCACAGGCAUUGGGGAAUGCUACGGGUCAGAUCCCGCCUUCUCCCUCUGUUCUCAUGUCAUCGCAGGAUGGGCUGUUGGGGGCCUUAGUUAUCAGUUUCCAGAUGAUGUAGGUAUCUCUAUUGGAACCCCCUUGGACCCUCAGUGGAUUCGACUGGAGGUUCACUACAGCAAUUUUCAGAACCAUCCUGGUAUAUAUGAUACCUCGGGGAUGCGGUUGUACUACACUUCACACCUUCGCAAAUAUGACAUGGGAGUCCUCCAGCUGGGCAUCUCGGUUUUCCCUAUUCACUUUAUACCCCCGGGUGCUGAGGCUUUCUUGUCCUAUGGGCUAUGCAAAACAGAGAAGUUUGAAGAGAUGAAUGGGGCCCCAGUACCCGACAUAUACGUAUAUGGCUACCUGAUCCAUACCCACUUAGCUGGGCGCUCCCUGCAAGCUGUGCAAUACAGAAAUGGAACCCAACUCCAAAUAAUAUGCAAAGAUUACUCUUAUGACUUCAAUCUGCAAGAGACUCGAGAUUUACCUCAUCCUGCAGUGAUCAAGCCGGGGGAUGAGCUGCUGAUAGAAUGUAACUACCAGACGCUGGAUCGUGACUCCAUGACUUUUGGAGGUGCCAGCACCAUUAAUGAGAUGUGCCUCGUCUUCUUCUUCUACUAUCCCAGAAUUAACAUCUCCAGUUGCCUGGGAUACCCGGACAUUAUCUAUGUAACCAAUGAGUUGGGGGAAGAAGCAUCAGAGAAUCCUAUGGAGAACCUGAUGGUCCUGAAUAAUGUUGAAUGGACUCCAGAGAACAUUAAGAAAGCUGAGAAAGCUUGCAAGGAGUCCCAGCAGACAGUGUUGAUUAAGACCAUUGAUGAGGAAGUAGAAAAUACAACAGGUUGGAUUCCUGAUAUUAUCCCAACUCCUCGAGGGCCGUGCUUAGAGUCCUCUGGAGGUAAAGUGGAACCUCAGGACAAGACCCCUGCAGGCUUCAGGGCUGCACCAAUGGCCCUCUCUGGCUCCAGUACUGCUACCCUGAGGAACCUGACCCUGGUUGCUAUCUUGUUCCUGCAGGGUACACUCUCAUGGCUCCUUGCCAUGCUGCAGACUGGGGUAUGAUUCUGUCUCCUUAUGCCACCUACUCCCUUAUCAUGAACUAUAGAAACAACCCCCGAUAUGACCCCUCUAAAUGACCUCUGUCUGUGCCACUUCCCAUAAACCAAACCAUGACACUGAAGGCUCUCAGGUUUUGUCCACAAUCACUGUUCAAGUUAUUCUUAAAGCUUCAGAACCAUUGAUAUGAUCACAUGUUUUCUAAGAAAGUCUGCCUCCAAGUCUGAGUGUUAGAUGAUGGAUUCACUCUCUAAGAAUUCUAGUGUGCUGCUUUCUCUCAAAUUGAUGCUAUGAGUAGGAUGGGACUUGAGUGCAAAGGGAGAGCAUUGUAAAUCCCUUGGCAUGUGCAUGGCCAUGGGAAAAGCUAUUACUUCUCUUUUCUAAUGGUAUUUUGUAACCAGUUCUUUCUGAGGCAAUGUGAGUAUGCUAUAAGUAUACUCAAGAGUAAAGGGCAGUUUUUCAUAAAGGCAGGGCU